UCAACUUCACCGCGUUCAAGCUACGUUAGCACAACAUGUUUUGUUUUUAAAGCUUCACAUACACAACUUUACAUGACAGUGGAGUAACGUACGUAUCCUUUACGUGUGUUUUUGUUUCAUCGGGAACUGGUGAGCUGCGACUCAACCGAGCUCCUCGCAUGUAGCCGGGGUUAGCUGAACGAGCUAGCUCACAACCUGCUGCUACUUCCACCACAACAACCGUUAAAAACGUUUCUUUUUGAAAAGCGGCAUCAUGGCGAAUCUGGAGCAGUGGGUCAAUGACCGUCUCCAUGACAUCCUGGGGUUGAGUGACAGAUACGUGUCUCAGUUCAUGAUUGGCACCGCACGGAAAGCAAUGAAUGCGGAAGACUUUGUGACUCGCCUCGAGCAGACGGGCACGAUUGAUAUCGAGCCGAAUGUGAUUGCCUUUGCGCGAGAGCUCUUCGACAAGAUUCCUCGCAAGCAAGCUGUGGAGAAACCCGCCCGGGAGUUAGAGCGCCAAACCACCGAAAUGUAUAAGAAAAAUCAAACAUAUACUUUACUGCAAGACAGUGAAAGUGAAGAAGAAACUGUGGUGGAGAAACAAAAAGGGAAAAAGAAAAGUAAGGACAGAGGAAACAAGAGGAAGCACAUCCGAAAGAAGAAAGAGAGUGAGUCGUCGAGUGACGAUGAAGCACCUAAAGGGGGUAAUGCAGGCCAGUCGGUCCAGAAAGAAGUAGAAGAGGAAGAGGAAGAAUGGGAGAAGGAAGAACGAGAGCGAGUGCAAGACAUUGAAGAGAGAGAUGCAUUUGCCCAGCGAGUGAGGCUGAAAGACCAAGACAAGACCCGCAAUAUAGCGGAGAGAACUGACAAAAAGGCUUACGAGGAAGCUCAGAAGAGGCUGAAGAUGGCUGAAGAAGAUCAAAAUCAAAUGUUGCCAGAGUUGAGGAAGCAGUCUCGCUGGGAUUAUCUAAAGAAGAGAGAGUCAGAGAAGCUGGAGGACCUGGAGGCCGAGAUCAUUGACGACGAGUACCUUUUCUCCACCGACGAGCUGACUCAGAGGGAGAAAAAAGAGUUGGAAUACAAACGAACCCUCCGAGACCUGGCUAAAGAUUACAAAAGGGCCGGUGCCAAGGAACACGAGGAGAGGAAGAACAGAUACUACAUGCCGGAAGAAAAGAGAAGCAAGGAGGUGCCUCAGAGGGACCUGGUGCUGGAGGAAUCUCCCAUGGAGCUGGGAGGGGAGCAAGGCCGCUGGGAGGAGGAGAGGCUGAAGACGGCCUCUCUCAGCUUCGGGGCAAAGAAGGAGCGAGAGCUGGGGAUGAGGCAUGAGCAGGACAAGUACCAGCUGAUCCUGGAGGAGGAUGAGAUGAUCGACUUCGUCAGCACUGCCAUUACCAUGAAGGGAACUCAGGCAGAUAAGGAUCAGGAGGAAGCGGCUCUGUCCCAGGCUGAGCAGAAGAAACAGUCCAUGCAGGAGGUCCGACGCAGCCUUCCCAUCUUCGCCUACAGAGAGGACCUGCUAUCCGCCAUUCAAAAGCACCAGAUCCUGGUCAUUGAAGGGGAGACGGGCUCCGGAAAAACCACGCAGAUCCCACAGUAUCUCUUGGAAAAUGGCUACAGUGAAGGAGGCAUGAAGAUCGGAUGCACGCAGCCUCGCAGAGUGGCAGCCAUGUCAGUUGCAGCCCGAGUGGCACAGGAAAUGGGAGUCAAACUUGGGAAUGAGGUGGGUUACAGUAUUCGUUUUGAAGACUGCACAUCAGAGAGAACGGUGCUCAAGUACAUGACCGACGGCAUGCUGCUCCGAGAGUUUCUCACCGAGCCCGACCUGGCCAGCUACAGUGUGGUCAUCAUAGAUGAGGCCCACGAGCGAACUCUCCACACAGACAUCCUGUUCGGUCUGAUUAAAGACAUCGCCAGGUUCAGACCCGACCUGAAGGUGCUGGUGGCCAGUGCCACUCUGGACACCGAGCGCUUCUCCUGCUUCUUCGACGACGCACCUGUCUUCAGGAUCCCAGGCAGGAGGUUCCCCGUCGAUAUCUUCUACACUAAAGCUCCAGAGGCCGACUACCUGGAAGCAUGUGUGGUGUCAGUGCUACAGAUCCACGUCACCCAGUCUCCUGGAGACGUUCUGGUCUUCCUCACCGGACAAGAGGAGAUCGAAGCGUGUUGCGAGCUGCUCACGGAGAGAUGCAGGCGACUGGGAUCGAAGAUAGCUGAGCUGCUGGUACUUCCCAUCUACGCCAACCUGCCGUCUGACAUGCAGGCAAAGAUCUUCAACCCCACUCCACCUGGCGCCCGGAAGGUGGUGGUGGCUACCAACAUAGCAGAAACCUCCUUAACCAUAGAUGGAAUCAUCUAUGUCAUUGAUCCUGGUUUUUGCAAGCAGAAGAGUUACAAUGCCCGCACUGGCAUGGAGUCGCUCAUUGUCACGCCCUGCUCACGGGCUUCAGCCAACCAGAGAGCAGGCCGUGCAGGCAGAGUGGCUGCUGGGAAAUGUUUCAGGCUUUACACAGCGUGGGCCUUCAAACAUGAAAUGGAGGAGUCCACUGUACCUGAGAUUCAGAGAACCAACCUGGGAAACGUAGUCCUUCUGCUGAAGAGUCUGGGCAUCAAUGACCUCAUUCACUUUGACUUCAUGGACCCACCUCCUCAUGAAACUCUGGUUUUGGCCCUGGAGCAGCUCUACGCUCUGGGAGCACUCAACCACCUGGGAGAGCUCACCAAGCUGGGUCGCAGGAUGGCUGAGUUACCCGUGGACCCCAUGUUGAGCAAGAUGAUCCUGGCGUCUGAGCAGUACAAGUGUUCAGAGGAAGUGUUGACCAUAGCCGCCAUGCUGUCGGUGAACAACUCUAUUUUCUACCGGCCCAAAGACAAGAUGGUGCACGCCGACAACGCCAGGAUGAACUUUGUGGUGCCAGGGGGAGACCACCUGGUUCUGCUCAACGUCUACACACAGUGGAUGGAGAGCGGCUUCUCCACACAGUGGUGCUACGAGAACUUUAUCCAGUUCCGCUCCAUGAGACGAGCCCGGGAUGUCAGGGAGCAGCUGGAGGGUCUGAUGGAUCGCAUCGAGGUGGAGGUGGUCUCCUCCCCGGAAGACAGUGUGCCCAUUCGCAAGGCGGUGACUGCAGGAUAUUUCUAUCACACGUCGAGACUGAGCAAAGGCGGCUACAAGACGGUGAAGCACCAGCAGACGGUCUACACCCACCCCAACAGCUCGCUGUUCGAGGAGCUGCCCCGCUGGCUCAUCUACCACGAGCUGGUCUUCACCACCAAGGAGUUCAUGAGACAGGUGAUCGAGAUAGACAGCGCAUGGCUGCUUGAAGUCGCUCCCCACUACUACAAGAGCAAAGAGCUGGAGGACAGCAGCAGCAAGAAGAUGCCCCGGAAGCAGGGGAAAGCAAAAGAGGAGCUUGGCUGAAGGAUACAAACUCUCAGGGGACAGACUGGACAAAUAGAAACAUUCCCUCCCCCCUAUUUUUCAAGAUUAAUAAAGUUUUAUGACCUGUUUUUUGUCAUCGCACUUGUGUUCACCAUCCAUCAAGGAGCCACUUGGGUUAUUCUGGUUUUAGUCCCUCCUGUCAAGUCCCUGCUUAACAAGUUGUAUUAAGACGCCAUGUUUAUACAGCUUCCUGUGGAGUUAUUGUCCUGCUCGUUUAAGUUGUAAAUACGGACUGUCAGUUAAAAUGUUUUACAGAAUCACCUUCUUGAAGUUUUUUACUUUAUAAUAAAACCAGUGUUCAUCUGACAAGAA